AUGUUGUCUCGUGUUUCCGCCCGUGCCUACAGCACUGCUCCUGUGAAAUUGGUCUCCAGAGAUGCUUCCGGCUCCUUGUCCACUUUGUCCGUGAAGGUGUCUAACGCCGGUUCCAAGUCCGGUAAGGCAGGUGUCGCUCACCUCUUAUCCAAGUUUGGAUUCCUCAACAACGAAGUCAAGUCUGCCUUGAGAUUCACCAGAGAAUCCGAGCUUUUGGGAGGUAAAUUCUCCUCGCACGUAACCAGAGAUGCUAUCGUGUUGCUGACGCAGUUCUUGAAGCAGGACUUGCCUUACUACGUGGACGAGUUGGCUAACACCUUGGCCAAGCCAUUGUACAGACCAUUCGAGUUCACCGAGACCGUGGUUCCAGUUGCCAAGGCUGAGGCUGCUGCUGGCAACGCCAACAGUGGCUUUGUGGCCUUGGAGAAAUUGCACGAGCUUUCGUUCAGAAGAGGUUACGGUAACUCCUUGUACUACCACGACUCCAACAAGGUCACCCUUGACGACGUGGUGGACUUUGGAGCUGCUGCUUUCACCAAGGACAACGUGUCCAUCAUUGCCUCCGGCGUCAACGAGGCUGACUUGGCUGGUUUCGUGGCCGACUCUGCCUUCUCUGAAUUGCCUUCUGGCUCCAUCGCUGCUCCUGCUGUCAAGUCCCACACCGGUAAGGAAACCCGUGUUGCAACCACCGGACCAUCUGUUGCCGCCAUUGGUGUUCCUGUGGCCAAGGGUGACUUCGCCAAGUACGAGGUUUUGGCUGCUGCCGCUGGUACCUCUGUUUUGGCCGGUGCUGCCUCUCCAUUGGCUCAGAUCCCAGGCGCUGACUCCAAGUUGUACAAGUACGAAGACGCUGGUUUGUUUGUUGUUUCUGUUUCUGGUGCUGAUGCUAGCUUGGUUGCCGAGGGUAUCAAGUCUGCUAAGGCUGCUGUGGAGAAGAUCUCUGCCUCUGACUUGAGCGCUGCUACCAAGGCUGCUGAGUUGUCUGUAGCCUUGCAGGACUCCUUCGAGUUCCCACACGACAUCACCAUCUCCGCUGACAGCGGCAAGGGUGCUAAGUUGGGCGAGUUCAACUACGUGGCUGUUGGAAACACCGACGUGUUGCCAUUUGCCGACGAGUUGUAA